CAUGCGAGAUCUGCUGCAUCUGGUACAUUUACGUGAUCGCGCGGUUCCCGGGGAUGCAACCACACAAUUAACAUCGGUUUCUUUACCGCACUAAUAUUAAAUCAAGACGCCGUGUUUCGGGGCCGACAAAACGAUUGUAAAGGACCUGAAUUAUCAUGGCUGAGCAUCAGAGGCAGCGUACCCUCUCCACAUCUGGAGAAUCCCUCUAUCAUGUGCUGGGAGUGGAAAAACUGGCUACUGUUGAUGACAUCAAGAAGUCCUACAGGAAACUGGCAUUGAAAUAUCAUCCCGACAAGAAUCCUGACAACCCCGAGGCAGUGGAUAAGUUCAAAGAGAUCAACAAUGCCCACGCCAUCCUCAAUGACCCUACAAAGCGAAACAUCUACGACAAGUAUGGCUCUCUGGGCCUUUAUGUGGCUGAACAGUUUGGAGAGGAGAACGUCAAUACCUACUUUGUCCUGUCCAGCUGGUGGGCCAAGGCUCUGUUUAUUUUCUGCGGCCUGGCUACGGGCUGUUAUUUCUGCUGUUGCCUGUGCUGUUGCUGUAACUGCUGCUGCGGUAAGUGUAAACCACGACCACGUGAGGGACCGGAACAGGAAUUCUACGUCUCUCCUGAAGACUUGGAGGCCCAGCUUCAGUCCGAUGAGAGAGAGGCAGGGGGAGGUGAGCCUAUCGUGAUGCAGCCCUCGUCGGCCACGGAAACCACCCAGCUGACGUCCGACGGUUACCACACCACUUACCACACUGACACCGGCUUCAACUAAAGCUCGACCCUUUCCACCUCCACCCUGUGGCUUGUCUCCUGCCACUACAUCCCCACCUGUCUGAGGGAGAAAAUGAGCAGAAUCCUUCAACUACAAAAAAGCCUGUUUGUGAGAGGAGGAUAGCCAGCGAUGGAGGAAUGAUUUUUGUUUUAGAGUAACCUGUGCUUUAUUCACACACCACUUCCAUGUCCCACACAAGAGUGGCUCCCAUUCACCUCAGUGUAGCUUAAAAACGAGUUUUAGGAAAAUUAUAAAAACAUGCUGUCGGUUCCCCUGAUCUCUUUGUUGCCUUGACCUCCGACCUUGCCUUCCACUCGUUCGCUCCUUCCUCCAGCCAGAUUUGCUCGUCGUCCUGUGGCAUGCACUGUUCCUUGACUUCGUUAGAUGAAAUUUUUGCAGUUCUGGUUUUCUUGUAGGUAUAUUUAUUGACAUGCAAUAUUUGUUUCCAUUUUUAAGUACUUCUGACUGUGGUUUAAAUCCGUGAAUUUGCCAUAGAUGUUUGAAGACUAGGGAGGCUCAGCUGAGAAGCAGUAGGAUUUGAUUAAAUUCUUCAUCAACAUGUCAACAAUUUCAGUUCUCAUACCCCUUAACAUCCAAGCUCCAGAGUUUGUUACAUGAAUUCUUUGUGUAACAAGUCAUGAUUGAAAUAACAUUGAUGGAGUUUUUAGGCCAGCCUCGCUUUUCUCAUCCAUCCCUUUUAUUUUGCGAGAGAGAUAUAAGUGAUGUAAGCGAUAACCUGUCAUUUCCUUUCAUUGGUUUAAAUCAUCACAUUUGGACGUUGGUGAUCCUUAUUGGACCAUUUGCAACAAGCUGAGCCAAAAUUAGGACUCUUCUGUAUAUGUGGAGUGGAUUUACAUGUCAUCUCUCAGUGUGCCUGUCUAGUAUGUGGAUGUUGCCAUGCCAUGCUGAGGUUGUUCGGUGACGUUCGAUAACAUGUUUGGAACUAAGCUCCAUUUGGCCCAGUUGUGUCUCUAUUGUCAUUCAAGGGGAAUCACGAUUGCCAACCAACCAUUAAGUACCAUAGUGUCAUAUCUGAUGUCACAUCUCGACUGUACACGUAAAGUCGAUACUAAGAAGGAUGAUGAAUUUUUAUAUAGUUAUACAAUCGGCACACAUCAUGUGUAUGUACAAUAUAUGUAUAUUUUGUGCAUUUUUGUAUUUCAGUUACUUUGCGCAUAUAUAGGAAAGAUUGUGUGAUAUAGUUCUUCUUGUGUCUGUGGUACUUGCCUCUUGUGGUUGCUCCCUAUGCCAAGAUAUAUGGUUUGUUGCGAGAGAGGUGUUUGUAUUAGUUUAAAGUUGUUAAUUCCAAAAGGAUAGACAUUCCCAUAGAUUUAUUGAAGUGGUGUGAUGAAGCAUUCAUCGUCUGUACAGCUUUCAUGCUUUUAACACUAAAAUUCAAUGUCAUCGCUGUCUUUCCAUCGUUUACAACAAUACAAGUGCAAAAAUACGUGUAAGAACUUCUGGGCAUUUAUUUGCAAACCGAUCAUUUUUUUCAGUUUAAUGUAUUAAACAGACGUUCUGUUUUGAAUGGAAAUAUAUUAAGCAGCUAAGUUUUGAUGCUACAUUUUACGAGGAAAUAAGCUACUUAUUCACUGAUAUUUUCACAUUUAUUUGAUAGGAUCUCAGAAUCGUCCCAGAGAUGUGGCAUUAUAUUUAGUCAUCCGUACAUUAUUUUUGUGUCAUUUUCUCUUGUAGUCAAGUUAUGUGAAUGGAUCCUCAUUGUGUUGCUCUCCAUUGUUAGAUGUUUUGUGCUUUCAAUGAUAUUUCAAGUUAGAUGCUUGUUGAUCUGAAAGGUUUAAAAUUGCCUCUGUACAUGUGGUCAGUUGUUUUUUCGAGAACAUUUAAAAGUGCUUUAAUAACCUUCUUAUACCAAACCUGAUUUUCUGAAUCUGCAAUUACACUAAGAUGACCAUCAUUGCCAUAUUCACAGUCAUGUUCUUAACUGUUUUUCUCUAACAUCCCAUGUCAGUACUCCUGCAUGGUGUGUUUUCACUUGUCUAAUAUUUGAUUUUUCUUCCCAGCAUAAUACAAAUGUCACCAGCCAUGUUCAUUCACAUUUUCCUGUUGUGCUUCAAAUGCCAAUUAUUCGUUGAUUUGUUUACAUUGUUAUUGAGCACUAUAAUCUCUUUUCUGUCAGUAUCUGCUCCUUAUUCCACGCUCUCCUUCUCUCACUCUGUCACUCCCUUUCUAUCUUAUCACGCUCUAUAUGGCUUAUAAUGGAUGUUGGCCUCUGUGGUUCCUUUUCCUGUGCAUUUAUCUGUUUCAGAACUGCAGUCAUUUAAAAUGUAUGGCUUCUUUGUUAAAAUGUUGGAUUGGAGUUAAAAGUUAAAUGGACCUUGCUUUAAGGAGAAAAAAAAUAACAUAAUAUAGUGAAAUGGUCAGGAAAUGAAUGCAUAUAAUGUCUUCAGAAAGAAGAUAAAAUGUUUAGUGUAAUUAUAGUGAAAUGGUCAAUUUUAUGCAUUUUAAUAAUUUUAUUUAUGAUCUUAUUUUGUCAUGUUUAUGAUGAAUUGGCUUUGUUUUAAAUGGUAUGUUAUAUGAAUACAUGACUCUGAAACUAUGCGACUCAUAGUUCUAUAGUGAAAGUCUCUUGUACAUACACUGAAUUAUUAAAAAGAAUAAAAAUAGACCUUUAUGUUGAA